ACAGAGAGAGAGAGAGAGAGAGAGAGAGACAGACAGAAAGAGAGAGUGAGACAGAUAGAGGGAGUGAGGGGAGGGGGAAAGGGGGACGAGUGUGCAGGAAGAAAGGAAAGAAAGAAAGAAAGAAUGGAGGAACUGCAGUCAUCUGUUUGACACCCUCUGUCUGUCACAGACUGGAAGUGAAGUCAGGUGCUUUUGUUGUGGUGUCACACUUCUGAACUGGAGGGUUUCCCACACGCACUAGUGUGGCUGGAUGUAUCACACAGAGCACCAGUAUUCUGACCGGUACCCGUGGGACUCCUUCCCCUCUGGCGGUUCCAGCAGGGCUUCAUGGGCUCCCAGCUCCAGCCGCCAUUUGCCCCCUUCAUCCAGGGGCAGUGGUGGAGGGUACCAGUCAGACUUGAGCCAUGCGUCAGGAAGAAACUAUUACAAAGCAUAUAACAAUAGACCUCUGGAGUUUAGCAGACACAGAAUCCAUGAUCAUUCCCCCAGGGAGAGAGGACCAAAUAUUAGAGAUCGGGUCACAUCAUGGUCUUGGGGUUUGAAUCAGCACCAGAACGCUGACCGGGCUGCUUUGAAUGGAUAUGGCUCAGGAUGUGGAGGACGUGUUCCCAAUAAUCAGCCUCCACGGUAUGGAGGCCCCCACCAGCAGCACCGGACACCAACAGCAGACAGAUGGAGUCCAGUGGCCUCGUCCAGAUCCUUUCAAAGUCCCUCACUUAAACGUCCAGGUCCCCGAAACACCUCACCCUCAAGAGAUGACUGUCCCAGCAAGAGAAAUAAAAGCAUCAGCUCACACGAGGCUCUUCCCUCGAAAAAUAAGCACCCUCUGCCAAUGAACCCCCAUCCCUUGUCUCAUCUCCCUCGUACUGCUAGCCCUCCAUACCGCAGUGACGGCCAAUGGAGUCAGUCAAAUAAGAGACAGUCUGCUUUAAGGUUUCAGGAGUCGAGUCAGUCCAACAGCAAAGAUCACCUCCACAGGAUCCAUCCAGAGUUCUCAUCUACCCUUGGUGGCCCUGGCCAAGAUUUCCACAGCUCAAAGUCCCUGAAACCUGGUCACCUCCACUCUCAUGGCCACCAAAUCCACGAGCAUCUGGGACCCCAUGGAACCAAAGGGGACUGGGAGCAUUCUGUUCCGCCCUCACCAGCAAACCUCACCAGAGUGCCUUAUAGCCCCCAGCACCAGCCUCCAGCGGGCUCACACAGGCACCCAGUACCUCAUGCCAGCCGUGGUUCUCCCACAACAGCCUGGAAGGACAAGCAGAGCAGUGACACUGGGCGCUCUGGUCUAGGGUUUGAAGAGCGGCAGCAACUGCAAGGGCCAAAAGAGGGAGGGCGGCAUUAUAUCACCGCAAAACACACACAGAUCCAUUGCAGCCCUGAAAGCAGAAGCAGAAGCACCACCUGCGGGAGAGCAAGCCUGUCCCCUAGCCCUGAACCUGGGUUCAGCUCUCAGAGGUUAGAGGGGAAAAAAAUCAGGGUUUCUAAACAUCGAGCUCCAUCGACUCACACUAAGCCCAGCUACUCUAACCAUGGUGCUCAGGAUAGCCCAAUCCAUCAGCUGGAAACAGACAUGUUAAAACAUGCCGAAACCAAGAAGAGACACAGAGAGCGAGAAAGAAGACAAGACAGGAAAGGGGAGGAGGGGGCAGAUGAACGAAAGGCAAGGAUACUAAGAAAGCUAGAGGCAAAGAAAAAGAAAAGGGAAAGGCAAGAGAAAAGGAGCCGCCGGGAAAGGAAAGGAAGCCAUAGAAAAGGAGAGACAGGGGUACACUCUGAUAGAAAAACAAAAGAUGAGAGGAAACGAGCAAAGAAAGCAGAAAAAAAUGGCAACAAGAAAGAGGAGAAAGACAAUUUAAGACGAGAAUUGUCUCCCCAGAUUCCUUCUUGUGAUUCACUGAGUAAAAGUACAGACUCAGCCACCUUUGAGUCUCCUCAGCUGGCAGCUUUUUCAGACACAUCACUGUGUAUUCAGAAAUACACAAAACACGAGGAAGACAAAGAGUCCAAAUGUGACUCUGACUCUUCAAAAACCUCAGGGUUCAUUUCGCCCUCCACCCCCCCUCUAGCAAAUCAGAUGCAAUGUCAGUCAGAAGAGAUUGCCAAUGACAUAAUUUCAAAAAAUGACAACAGCCUGCCAUCUUCUGAGCCUACAAGUCCAAACACCAGCAGUUUUCAGACUCAAGUCAAGCAGCUUGACCAGGACGACAUUACCUCUGAACCUUCUGCUAGCAGUGAGCUGGAGUUGCCCAUGUUAAAUAGCUUCAGUGGUUUUCAGAAAAGAUUUCCUCAGCCUGAGGAGAAGAACCAACAUGCGCCAGAUUUGCUACCUGCACACACCAAUUCUACAGAGGACCCUCUAAGACUGGAUCCCUCAGCAAGUCCUCCGGUACUGAGCUGGCAGGGCUCACCUGUUUUAGAUCUCAGUGAAGAAGAGGAGGAUGAAGCAGGGGUCAAUGUUGCUGGAGUGAUUAGGAGACCAGUUCUCCAGCCAAGCCCUACUCAUCUUUCUCCAAUCCAAGAAUCAAAGGAAAUCUGGAAACAACCAGGUCAUCCCUUAGGACUGGACUACCACCCUAGUGACCUGGCCAAACUAUAUGGCAUUAUUGAGCCUUUGAAAGCUGAGGGUGAAGAUGAUGAUGAAGAAGAAGUGGAAGAAGAAGAAGACAAUGAACCUGUGUCAGAGCAGCAGGACAGUAGCACAAGAACCUCUCAGGGACUGCAUCUGCAUGACACUGAUGUUACCUUGACCUCAGACAGCCAUAAGUACACCUACAGGGGUGGCCCCUUUGGUCGGCCACCUCCCCAUACAAUGGUUGGGGUCAAGUACUCUUCUUCACUUUUAUCGGGACCAGAGAUACACUCUCCAGAACAGCACAGUCCACCCUCCACACCCCCAAGAGCUGCGUCUCAAGUUGGCAUGCUUUUGACCAGCCUUUCCCCUUUCAUAUCUACCUCAGAUCUUUCAAAGCCUGACAACAACAUGCAGGCAAAUGAAGAGACAAAAGAAGACAGAGCUGACCAAAAGGAGGGUGAUGACAUAACCGAAGCUGUAGAUUUGUUAACAGACACAAUCUGUACUUCCUUGGUAAAGGCGGAUGAGGUCAAGGUUGUGCCCUGCACCUUGUCACCUGCUAGCUUGCAGGCUAAACUUGCACAUAGCUGUGAGGUGCUACUGAACCAGACCUCUAAUACCCUCCUUUCAUCUGAUGUGGACACUGAGAAGGAAAAAUCAAAAACUAAGCUGGAGAGGAAGAAGAAAAAGAAGCAUGGACAAAGUAGGGACAGAAAGAGAAUGCAUCAGAAGAAGCAGGAAACGAAACCUGGCAGCAGCAGUAUAACAGAAGAGUCAAGUAUUAGAGAGGGAAGACGGCAUGAAAAGCAGAAAAGAAACACCACGAGUGAGAAACAUAAUUGCUCGACUAGCAGUGAAGCCGCUAAACAACUUACCAAGGGCCGCAAGAAACAAGAAGUAGCUGAGAGGAAACCAACAGAGCCUGAGAAGGAGCAAAGAAAAGGGGUUAAAGAGAGAGCCAAAGCUAAAGAGAAAAACAAGGAUAAAGAUGUAGGAAUGACAAAACCAACCUUCUCCAGCAGAAGUGGCUCCAGUAAAGCUCCAGCUGUUCGGAUUAUGUCCUCUGUGCCCCUGAAGGAGCUAAAGAUUCAGUUGGUAAAGCUCAAGAUCAGUGGGAGGCAGAUGUUCCUGGCCUCUGAGUUUAAUCAGGAGAGAAUCUCACUGAAGGAGAUUAGCAUCAACAACAGUGCAGCGGAGAUCAUUAGAGCCUGCAAAGAUGCGAAGCUGAAGGGUCGUUUUCGUGAGUCUUAUCUGCUUCCUUCUUUGUCUGUGAAGCCUGUGCUGAACCCAGAGACUCCAAUUCCAAGAGAGAAACUCAACCCACCCACGCCAAGCAUCUAUCUCGAGAGUAAGAGGGAUGCAUUUUCCCCGGUGUUGCUCCAAUUCUGCACAGAUCCCAAAAACCCGGUUACUGUUAUCCGAGGUCUUGCAGGAUCACUCCGACUCAAUUUGGGUUUGUUCUCCACUAAGUCCCUGGUGGAGGCGAACGCCGAUCACGCGGUGGAGGUGAGGACUCAGGUGCAGCAGCCGGCUGAUGAGAACUGGAACACGACAGGCUCAGCUCAGACGUGGCCGUGUGAGAGCAGCAGAUCUCACACCACCAUCUCCAAGUACGCUCAGUACCAAGCCUCCAGCUUCCAAGAGAGCUUACAGGAAGAGAAGGACAGCGAGGAUGAAGAUGAAGGAGAAAGAAAAACUGAAUCCAAAUCAGAGACUCCAUCCAUUAGCCCUUCCUGCACACAGAGCUCAGAGCAGAAGUCCAUCGGCAGGAUCAUCAAGUUUGGUACCAACAUCGAUCUGUCUGACCCGAAGAGGUGGAAGGCACAGCUGCAGGAGUUGUUGAAGUUGCCUGUGUUCAUGCGCGUCUCCUCCACGGAGAACAUGCUGAGCCACGUCGGACACACCAUCCUCGGCAUGAACACCGUCCAGCUGUACAUGAAGGUUCCAGGCAGCCGCACACCAGGACACCAGGAGAACAACAACUUCUGCUCGGUGAACAUUAACAUUGGCCCCGGAGACUGUGAGUGGUUCGCUGUACAUGAUAAUUACUGGGAGGCCAUCAGCCGCUUCUGUGACAAAAAUGGUGUGGAUUAUCUGACGGGUGCAUGGUGGCCGGUUUUGGAGGAUCUCUAUCGCUCCAACAUCCCCGUGUACCGCUUCAUCCAGCGUCCUGGGGAUUUAGUGUGGAUUAAUGCCGGAACGGUGCACUGGGUCCAGGCCGUCGGCUGGUGCAACAACAUCGCCUGGAACGUCGGGCCGCUAAACUCUUAUCAGUAUCAGCUGGCACUGGAGCGCUUUGAGUGGAACGAGGUCAAAAAGGUCAAAUCGAUCGUCCCCAUGAUUCACGUCUCCUGGAACAUCGCCCGUACGAUUAAGAUCACCGACCCAAACACUUACAAAAUGAUCAGACAUUGCCUCCUGCAAUCCAUAAAACACGUCCAGAUCCUGAGAGAGCAGCUCAUAGCAGAAGGAAAGAAGAUCUGCUACCAGAGCCGAGUGAAGGACGAGCCGGCCUACUACUGCAACGAGUGUGAUGUGGAGGUGUUUAACCUGCUGUUCGUCACCAGCGAGGGCAGCAGUAGGAAGAUGUACGUGGUGCACUGUGAGGAUUGCGCUCGUCGGAGGAACUCCACCCUCAGCGGCACCGUGGUGCUCGAACAGUACAGAGCGGAGGAACUGAUGAACACCUAUGACAACUUUGUCUUGGUCAGACACACACACACGACACAUGACAUGAAAAGCAGUGCAUUAUGUUUUUACGUUAAAAGCAAUGUACAGGAUUUACAAAUGUCAUUAGGACAUCAGUGCAAAAACUUUUUACCCCUUUUUCUAAGUGCGAUGUGCUUAUAAAUAUUAUACAAUCACUUGUAUUCAGCAUCUAGCUGGAUACAAACAAAUUGUUCACAGCGGUGGUUACACUAGAUAUUUGGUGUAAAAGAAAAUCCAGUUUAUUUGUAUAGUUUGGGUAAAUUUCUGUAAUUUUCAAGAUUUUAUCAGCUUCGAAUCCUAUAAAUGACUGUAAAUACAGAUUAUGUACGUUUUUUAUAUUUAAAAAAAAUCUUUUUUUAAUAUUUUUUUUGGAUUUUUCCCGAUUUUCUUCCCUAAUUUUAGUCGUGUCCAAUUCCUCCCCGCCACUAGGGGGCUCCCACAUUAAGGCUACUACUACCAAUCAGUCGGGAGGGCGAAGACUAUCACGUGUUUCCUCCGAACCGCGUGACGUCAGCCGACUGCAUCUUUUCGAACUGCUUGCUCACGCACCGUUAGGGGCGGAGUAACACACUCGGAGGAAAGCGCUAUCCACUCCUUCCGCUUGGGCGAGCUCACAGACGCCCCUGAUUGGCUGUAGAGCCGUGAUUAAUGUGGGAGCGCAAAGUACCUCUCAUCCCUCGAACCCGCGCUCCCCGGAUGAUAGGGCGAGCACUUUAACACUGCGACAAGAACCCAACAAUCAAAUCUACCUUUUUCUUACUUAUGGUUCUAUUCGUGCUUCAAGGAUGGGGUGCACCCAAAAACAGUACUUUUUUUCUUUUCAUUCUUUUGCAAAAAUUAUUUCAGUACCAAAAGAAAUGAUCUUAUCUUAUUUAAGUGUGUUAAGGCUCUGAGUUACUCCUCGGAAGGUCGAUCGUUCUAACCCGAACUCUUUUAGGAUCCUACUAGCAAACGUUGCGAUAUGUGAAGAAUAAAGAAUUUUACUGUGCAAUAAUGCAAAUGUGACAAAUAUGUGGCUAAACUGAAUCUUAAAUUUUACCCACCCUGCAGCUUCCUCGUCGUCACGCAGCCCGCAGCUUGUGGUUGCUUAGAGACGGCAGAUGCUGCAAAAGCUUAAAGGAAUAAGGUUUUAAGAGUGUGGUGUUACAUACAACAAGUUACAGCAACAAUCCAAAAAGUCAAGAUUUUAACUGUGUAGUGUCUUGAUUGUGUCUUGAACAGUGGACAGCACCGAGAGAUUUCACAUUCUAAUGUUCUCUUUCUCUCUCUCUCUCUCUCUCUCUCUCUCUCUCUCUCUUUCUUUCAGGCUUCUCUGCCGUGUUCGAAAUGAACCCGAGGUGCUUGAUGUCACACAGCCAUGACCAAAUCUCCUGCUCGCUCGCCAGCAUCAGUGCCAACGUUCACUUCUCUCAUUCUCAUUUUUUUUUUUUUUUACUCAUUAUUUUUAUUGUUGUUAUGAUUUUAAAAAAGAAUCAAAAACCACUACUGCGGACUCUCCAAUCCACAAGCUGUUUACUCGACACUGUUUACAGAACCACAUCAGCAGGUGCUUCACCGACUCACUCGUCUUCCCCUUCACCAGCUACUGGAGUCACGAUGCUGUUUUGACGCUGUUACGAUGCGUUUUAAGCGCUCUGAAGUCAGACAGGCCAGAAACGUGCCACACACACACACACACAUAGACACACAAACACACACACCAGUACACACUGGACCCGUGAGUGUUAUUCGAACUGUGCUUUUUUUUUUUAUGAAGCUCACUCACUCUCUGACACACACAUACACGCGCACACACACACACACAUACACACGCACACAUACACACGCACACAGAGCAAACAAACUGCUGUGAUCGUUCACAGUCGCCGAAACGUGUGAACUCAUUCAGGUACUGUUGUAGUUUACAUUUAUGCAAAUGUCUCAGUUUAUUUAUUCGGCGUCUCUGGUGCUUUUAUACGACACAAUAGAACAGCAGGGGAAGGAGCUACACACACACACACACACACACACACACACACACAUACGCACAGGCAUUACGAGGGGUUGCUACAAUUAUAUUGUCAUCAAUACAACGCUAAACUUUCUAAAUGCUGUUUGCAUACCGAUCUGGGUGCUAUUAUUUUUUACUUUUUUUAUUUUUCUUUAAUUUUGUAAAGGUUUUCAAAAAGAAAGAAAAGAAUUUACACCAUUUUGGCCUUGUGACAGAUUUAAAAGGAAAAAAACAUUAGUACAAGAAAGCAGUAAUGCAAUAUGAUUAAUUUUUACAACAAUAUUGCAUUUUUCUCAGAGCAUUAACAAUUUUCACAAAUGUUGAAAAAAAAAAACAACAACAAUAAUACGGGUUCGAAACUUAUUUGCAUUAGUCCAGAAAACCUUGUGAGUGUUUAGUGGUUGUUUUAGUAUUAUUGUUUUUUUUUUUUUUAAAGGAAAGUAAUAAUAGUAAUGAUGAUGAUUCAGUUUUUUCUUUAUUCUUGUUUGUUCUCAAAAUUAAUUUUCAAAGAAUUUGAUUUUCAUUUUUUUUAUUGUGAUUUUUAUUUAUUCGAUUGCUUUGAGUGUAUUUAUUAAAACGUACAUGGUGCUCCUCUUAACGAGGGAAGUCCAGAUUUUGUAAAUGAAUUUUUAAUAAUUAACCCUUUCAGACUCAUUUUAAAGGUAAAACUUUCACAAAAAAAAAAACCAUAAAAUUUACAUAUAUGAUGAAAGCAUAAAAAUUCAGUAGCAAGAUUUUCGGAUUGGUUAACGGGAAGACCUCUAACAGCCGGUGGAGUUGGUGUGUUGUAGCGGGUUGUAACGGCGAGGUGGGUCUGAUGGGGUUAAUUGUGCUGAUUUCUGAGGCGAGGCGGUCGCUGAAGCUGAGAAGGCGGACGUUUAUUUCAUGAUGGUGCUUGAUCCCCCUCGGCUCGGCCGUCCCUCGGCGUAUAUAUAUGAUCUAGAGAAUUACAUAUGAAUAUUAAUGAAUAUUAAUCUCACAGCUUGGUGCUUAGAACAAAGUCUGUACAACCUGAAUGUUAUUGUAUCAGAUUAAAGCAUUUGUUUUUA